AUGGUCAUAUUCCAAGGGCACCGGAGAAACCGAAGCAGAGCUCUUCGCAAGCUACGCAGGUUCACGACCCAAGCGUUGGCACUGAAGAUCAAGGGAUCCAAAGCAGAGAUGUUAGAAAUCACAGCACAGGAUUGCCAGUGGCGUGCCAAGAGCUCUGGCCAAUGGGUGGAGGCCGAAUCAAAAGAUUUUUCCGAGUCAAACUUGGAAGUUGAACCACCAAUCAAGGGCCAGGGACGUCUCUACAUGCACACCUCCAUACUCCUGAACAAGCUGGCGAAGGUGAUGACAAGGUGCAAGCCUGGUGCCCACCUCGACUUCAAGGUUGAGAUGUUGCACAAACAGGACCUUCAGUACGUCGGAGGUCAGUUGGGAGCUGCGCCGGAUGAGCAGAAAACCAGGAUAUUGUCUUCUGGCCUGACGAGAUUGAAGACUGAUUCGAAGUUUCAGGUCGGUGAAUGGCUCAGUCUUGGAGGAUCUGCGGAAGCAGCGCUGUUCCUGAAGGCCAAGACGGUGGACCAUCCUCCUGGGUCUUUAUCUUUGUUGUCUACUUCACCGACAUGCACUGAGUCUGAGAAAGACAUGGCUCACGGCAUUUGUGAGAAGCAUUUUGGGUCGAAGAAGACAUUGGAUGCCGAACUCUUCUCCGACUGCAUCUAUGAUGUCUGCAGCGGAGGUGGAGACGAGGCUGCGGCCAGCAUCGCUGAUUUGCUCUCGGCAUAG